AUGGCUGCUUUGUCAGCUAUCCUCAAAGACUGGAUUGCGGAUCUGAAUCUUGGUUCCUCACCUGCGAAGCAGUUUCUUGAACUAUUGCUGCGGAUCGACAAGAGCAAUAAUGUGCUCAUUUUGCAUCGAAGGAAGCAUGAUUGUGAUUUUUCCACCACGUCGGGGAUUGUUGUGUCUGAGCUUAAAAGAAUGAUGGAUGCUGAAAACGUCCAAUUUGACGCGGACGCCAUCAGACGAGCCGAUUGGAAUCCGGAAAAGGCUAAAUUUGUCUUAGGAUGGCUGUACGUGGUUCUAUAUUGCAAACGCAUACAAUGUCCGGAACUGCUGAAACUGACGAACCUUCCGCAAGAAAAACAAAUCGUCGUUGAAGAUUGCUUGAAGAAACUGGACGUCUCCAGAAACCAGCUCACUGACGCUCUGUUGAAUAAAUUGGUAGGGAUUGUUGCUGUGAAACGUCCGUUAUUUGCAAGUCCUACUCCAAGGAAACGUGGUCGGUCACCAAGUCGCUUCUCUUCUUCACUUGCAGGUGUUCCUGAGUCGUCAAGUGUUCCAGCACAGUUUGUAUCUGCUCAAAAGCGUCGUGACAAUAAAAUAGUCGUCCUGGAACAGGAGCUGCGUGUCGUCAAAGAAGAGAAUGAAGAACUAUGUCGGAAAUGUGAUUCGCUGUCUUCUCAAGUGUCCGCUCUUCAAGAAGACGUCAAACAAAAAUCAAACACCAUCAAGUCCAAGACCCACGACAUUGAAACCCUGGAAAGCUUGCUUAAUGCGAAAGAAUCUUCGGACGAUGCCGAGGAACGGACUGACCGUCUUCUUGCCCAAUUGAAGACUUUGAAGGCUGACCUCAAGAAUGAAACCGAAACCAGACAACUUGAGGAAGCUGCGAGAAACACGGCUGAACUCAAGGUUCUUCAACUCGAGGAAAAUCAAAGGGUGUUGAUCAGUGACAAUUUGGAAAUCAAAGCUGCCCUCAAGAAUCUCAAGGAUGCACUUGAAGUCGCAGAAAAAUCAGCUGAAAUAUCAGCAGCUCAAUUUGCAGAGCUCGAAAAAGCAAACAAUGAAUUGAAAGAAGAAUUGGGAUCCUAUCAGAACGGUUUUGAUUCCCAGCCACCAGCAAAACUGAGGCGAUUGUCAGAAGAAUGCCGACGCUCUUUUGGAAAUUCGUCGUUGAAUGCAUCUCAUGACAGUAACAACCUGUAUAUGGCGUUACUGGAGGAUAAAAACGAGGAGCUCAUCAAGAUUUUGGAAGAAAGUAAAAUACAAGUCGGAAAAUUAGAGGAAGCGGAAGCAGCUGUGAAGUCGCAACUGAGGGAUACUGUUCUAGAAAAAUGUGAACUAGAGAAAGCAUUCGAAGACUACAGAGCUGCGACUGAAAUUUCUGCUGCAACCAUGGAAGAAAAAAUUUGCCGACUCACCUCUGAGACAAAAGCUCUUGAGAAAGCCAAAGGUGAGCACAUGAGUGCUAUCAACUCACUGAAUACGGAGCUGAAAAUUCAAGGAAAUGAGAUUGACGCUUUGACAAAGCUUCGCGAAGAGCAGGAGAAAAAGCUCGCGGAAGCUUCUGAAAAAAUUGCUUUCGGUGACUCUGCCAUUGAAGAACUCCGGUACCAAUGGUCUGACACCGAAAAUCGCCUAAAUAAGACAGCGAGUGAAGCAGCCUGUCUUCAAAAAUCUCUCCAAAGAUCACAAGAUGAAAAAGAAAAAUUGCAGACGACGUGGAACUCCGAACGAGAUUUUUUGCAGCGAGAACUGAAGAGAACAGACGAAGUUUUAUCCGAAGUUAAAUUGGAUUAUGAGACCCUCAAAGACGAAUAUGAGUCCCGUAACAAACAACUGCAAGCAGUGCAAUCUCACCUCGAACAUCUUCAAAAAUUGAAAAUCGAAUCUGAUUCGCAAAUGGUGGUACUUCGCGAGAGUGCUUCAAAUUUGGAGACAGAGCUUCAAUCGUCCCAAGAGAAUUUCCGACAAGCGUCUGAAAAAAUUAUGAAUCUCGAAACCGAACUUCUGAGCUCUGUGGAACAGAAGAAGCAAUUUGAGUCACUCUCAAGUUCCCUUCAAAAUCAAGUUUAUACCUUGGAAACUACUCUGGAGAAUGUACGGAAUCGGUUGAGUCAAGAGCGUGAUGAAGCCCAGCGCUCGUUACAUGAAACUCGUGAUUCUCUCGCAGCUUCAGAAAUCCUUGUAGAAAACUUGCAGAAGUGUGUUGAAGAGAAUGCUCAAAUGCUGGAAUCAGUUGAAGACGAGUUGACUCAAAUACAGGCAGAAUUGGCUGAUUCUAAGAAGCACCAAGAAAUCUUGAAAAGUCAACUGCAAGAGCUGAAAAUGACGCGUGCCCAACUUGAAAAAGACCUGGAAGUUGGAAAUCAGCGUGAAGCGGAUCUCUGUGAGAAGUUGGCAGUCACAACUGAGAAAAUUUUAUUUUUGAGUGGAACAUUGGACCAAGAAAAAGCCCUUCGUGGUGAUGAGAAGAAAGUUUUCGAAUCAAAUUGUGCUGAUUUUGAAAGAACAAUUGUAGGGCUCCGCGCAGAUCUUCUUUCCUCUGAGAAGCAUGUCGAAUGCGUGAGAACUGAACUUGAAAUUUUGUCGCAGAGUUCUGAGAGUAUGACUGCAGAAUUGAAAGAAAGACUUUGUCAAUUGGAAACGGACCUGUUGUCUGCUAGGGCAACGUGUCAAACUACCUGCGAAGCCCUUGAGGAAGCUCAAUCUUCCCUCGAAAGUGAACAGUCUUCAAGGAUAGAAAUCACCUCAGAUUUCAAAAUCCAGAUAUCACAGUUGCAGAACCAAAUUUCGGACCUUGAACAGCAAAAACUGGAAGUGUUCGCAUCUUUGAAAGCAUGUGAAGAGAAACUGUGUGCUGCCAAUAAUUCUGUUGAAGAUGUGCGAGCUGAAUUGGUUUCUGAAGUCCAGAAGAAACAGAAAGUGACUGAAGAAAUGCAGGUUCUUCUAGGAGUGGCCCAUGAGGAAAAGUUGGCUUUGAGUGAACAGCUGAAAGUUACCAAGGAGGAGGCGGCUUGCUCGUUACGUGAAAUGGAAGCAAGAAUAUUCCAGCUGGACAAGGACCUGGUCUCCGCUAUAGAGGAAUCUACUAUUACUCGCGAAGCCCUUGAAGCAGCACAAGCUUCUCUCAAAAGGGAAAACUCUUCAAAGGAAGAAAUUAUUACAAACUUGGAAACCGAGAAAUCAGAAUUGAAGCGCCAAAUUUCAGAGCUUGAAGAAAAAAGACAAGAAGUUUGCCGUUCUCUCGAAGAAUCUGCGGAAGAAUUGUCUGUUGCAAGAACGUCCAUUGAAUCUCUGCGGACUGAAUUGUCAUCUGAAAUUGAAAGGAAGCAGCAGCUGGUUGGAGAAUUGACGGACCUUCAAAAAUCCGUCCAGGAUGAAAAGUUGUCUUUGACUGAAAAGCUGGAAGUUGCCGAAGAACAAGCUGUUAGUGCUUUGCAGGAAAUGGAAGAAAGAAUAUGUCAACUGGAAACGGACCUUCUCUCCGCCAAGACCACGUCUGAAGAUACCCGCGAAGCUCUUGAAGCAUCUCAAGCUUUGCUCGAAAGCGAGAAAUCUUCCAAGAAAGAAAUGAUCUUAAAUUUUGAAACCCAGUUAUCAGAAUUGCAGAGCCGAAUUUCGGAGCUUGAAAAACAAAAGCGAGGAGUUUGCGAUUCUCUGGAAGCAACGGAGAAGAAACUGUCCGAUGCAAAAAGAUCCUUUGAGGACUUGCAAUCUGAAUUGAUUUCUGAAAUCCAGAAGAAGGAGGAUCUGGCUGGAGAUAUGGAGGUCCUUCGAAAAUCGGCUCAAGAUGAGAAAUUGGCAUUGAAUGAUAUUCUUAAGGCUGCUGAAGAAAAAGCAGCUUCCUCUUCGCUCGAACUAAAAGAAAGAAUAAGUCGAUUGGAGGUGGACCUGCUCUCUGCUAGGACCACGUCUGAAGAUACCCGCGAAGCCCUUGAAUCAUCUCAAGCCCUUCUCGAAAGAGAAAAAUCUUCGAAGAAAGAAAUGGUCUUGGAUUUUGAAACCCAGUUAUCAGAAUUGCAGAGCCGAAUUUCGGAGCUUGAAAAACAAAAGCGAGGAGUUCGCGAUUCUCUGGAAGCAACGGAGAAGAAACUGUCCGAUGCAAAUAGAUCCUUUGAGGACUUGCAAUCUGAAUUGAUUUCUGAAAUCCAGAAGAAGAAGGAUCUGGCUCGAGAUAUGGAGGUCCUUCGAAAAUCGGCUCACGAUGAGAAAUUGGCUUUGAUUGAGCAGCUGAAGCUCAAGGAAGAGAAAGCAGCUUCCGCAUUCAACGAAAUGAAAGAAAGAAUAAGUCAAUUGGAGGUGGACCUGCUCUCUGCUAGGACCACGUCUGAAGAUACCCGCGAAGCCCUUGAAUCAUCUCAAGCCCUUCUCGAAAGAGAAAAAUCUUCGAAGAAAGCAUUGAUCUCAAAAUUUGAAGCCCAAAUAAUCGAAUUGCAUGAGCGAAUUUCGGAGCUCGAAAAACAAAAACAAGGAUUCACCGAUUCAGUGGAAGCAUUAGAGGAGAAACUGUCCACUGCAAAUGGUUGCAUUGAGUCCUUGAAGUCUGAAUUGAUCUCUGAAAUCCAGAAGAAAAACGAUCUGGUUGAAGAAAUGGAGAUCUUACAAAAAUCUGCUGGCGAUGAAAAAUUGGCGCUGACUGAAAAGCUGAAUGUUAUCAAUGAAGAAGCAGUUUGUUCAUUGCGUGAACAAAAGACGAGAAUACAUCAGUUGGAAUCAGAAUUGCUUUCUGCAAGGGCGACAUCUGAUGAUACCCGCAAAACCCUCGAAGCAACGCAAGCUUCUCUCGACAAGGAACAAUCGUCGAAGAAGGAAAUCAUUUCAAAGGUUGAACAGCAAUUAUCUGGAUUGCAAGAUCGGAUUUCGGAACUUGAAAAGCAGAAGCAAGACGUUCGAGAUUCAUUGGAAGCAACUACGGAGAAACUAUCAGCCGCAGAUUGUUCCAUUAAAACCCUACAAACUGAAAUGCUCUCUGAAAUUGAAACAAAGGAAGAACUGGUCAAUAAAAUAGAAGUCCUAGAAAAAUCGGCUCACGAUGAAAAGUUGGCUUCAGUCGAACAGUUGAAGGUUACCAAGGAAGAAGCAGCUUCUGUGUUGCGUGAAAUGACUGACAGGAUAUGCCAAUUGGAAGCAGACCUACUCUCCGCCAGGACCAUGUCUGAUGAUUCUCGCGAAGCCCUUGAAGCAUAUCAGGCUUCGCUCGAAAGCGAGAAAUCUUCAAAGAAAGAAAUGAUGUCAAACUAUGAAUCCCAGAUGUCAGAAUUUCAACGUCAAAUUUUGGAACUUGAAAGACAAAAACAAGGAGUUCGCGAUUCUCUGGAAGCAACGGAGAAGAAACUAUUCAAUGCAAAUAGAUCGUUUGAGGACUUGCAAUCUGAGUUGAUUUCUGAAAUCCAGAAGAAAAAGGACUUGGCUGGAGAUAUGGAGGUCCUUCGAAAAUCGGCCCAUGAUGAAAAAUUGGCUUUGAUUGAACAGCUGAAACUCAAGGAAGAAAAAGCAGCUUCCUCAUUGAACGAACUGAAAGAAAGAGUAACAAGUUUGGAGCAGAUGCUUGCAUCCUCAAACGAAGAAUCCACAUCCCUUACAAGAACACUGGAUGACCUGAAGGAUUCUUUUGCUCAAGAACGUGCACAAAGAUCCGCACUAAUGAAGAGUCUGGAAGAUCAACUUUCAAGUUUGCAAGUUGAAAUUUCUGGGUACAUUCAAGAAAAGCAAGCUGUUGCUCUUGCUUUGGAAGAUGCACAAUCAUUGCUGGCAACUUCAAGAGAGGAGGUUCAAACGUUGUCCUCUAAACUUGCCGCCAAAGACGAGGCGCUCAUCACGCAGGAAAAAAACUCGGGAGCUGAGAAAGAAUCCCUGAAAUUGCAACUAGAGUCGGUUUCUGCUCUAGCAGAAAAUCUAAAAGGGGAACUCAAGACAAAGACAGGGGAGAUUGCGAAGUUGAAGGCCAUUCAGGAUGAGGCUACAGCAUCAUGCAUCACCUUUGCUACUAAAUACAAUUUGGCACGUCCCGAGAAGUUCUCAAACCCUGAGUUCUUAGCGUCUGUCUUCAAAAAGUUGGACACUUUCAUGUCAACUGUGUUGGCAGAUGUGAAGUCUGCGGAUGAAAAAAUGGACUGCAUGGAAAAAGAGAACAGGAAGCUGAAAAAAGCCAUGGAGAAUGCAGAGGCGCAAUGGAAGCAAAAAGAAGUGUCAAUGCUGAGCAUGGUCUCUGAUGCAUCAAUGUCCGAGCUCAACAAAGUUAUUUCAGACAAAGACAAGAGAAUAGCGGACAUCAAGAAUGAGAGGAACUCUGUUGUCCAUCACCUGGAGGACUUGAAAAGCAAAUUGGACAGUUACUCCACUGAAAUUCAACGGCAGCGCGAACAAAUCAGUACUCUGAGCAAGGACAAGAAUUUCCAUGAACAAAGAGUUCAAUCCAUGAAGGCAAACUUCGAAGAAAAACUCAAGUCUCUAAACCACGCAUAUGAAAGAGAGUUGAAGAAGAAGGAUGGGGAGCUGUUGAAAGUCAGCAAUCAACUCAGUUUUGCUGAAACAAAACUGAAAGAGCGCCGGAAGCCCAACAAUGACCAUAUUUAUGAGACAAUAGACGAAGCCUGCAGCAGGGAUUUUAUGCGACCACCGGCCAGACGUGAAUCAGCGGUGUCCACGCGUUCAAAUCUUAGCGUGUUGGAUCGAAGCACUGCAUCUAAUGCAUCCUCUGGUCGAUCUGCAAGAUUAUCUACAGCGUCCACGUUGACUCUUCCCUGCGCCGAUGAGCUUGGGGAACUGUUGAGUUCGACUGAGAUUGCAAAGCUUCAAUUUGGUCGUGGUACAAUUGAAACAGCCUUGGCCUCUGAUCCAUUUGGCCGUGUUUCCGAAUUGCAGCGAAGAAAUUCGGUGCUGCCCAUGCACUUGAGGUCGUGCUAUCCUUCCGAAAUGGAUGUUACAAGUGUGGUUGGCGAGCGAGAGUUGAAGAAUAUAAAUGUUGAAGCCAUGGCUUUGGAUGUACUGGAUCGAUUGCCCGCUGAUUCCCUGCAGCAAAGGGUGAGAAGAGGUAGGAGGAGCCGUUCAAUGUCUCCACAAGCUCCGUCUCUACCACCUCGUCGUCCUCUUGGACAAAUUGAUCACAACAGUCCUUUGGCUUCGAGGUCCGGAGCAGCAUCCAAGAGAGGAGCAGAUGUCAAGAAUGACACGUUUUCUGCUUUCGAUGCGGAUUCCUCGUUUGUUUCAGAAAAGAGACAAAGAAUGGAACAAGCUUCAAUCCCAGGAAAAGCUGCUGCCCUUACCCCAGGAAACAAUUUUGCCGCAUCGGGUCGUCCUCGUCUGAGCCUUGCCGUACCCAGCGGUUCCAGCAAAUCAGCCAAGCGAAAUAUGCUGAAUUUGAGCAAUUUGUCCACCUCGACGACACCGAGUAGUUUGCGAAAGUUGAUGAGAGGAUCUCUGCGUGUCAGUCGUCCAGCGGCUGACAAGGAAAACGUCUCGCUGCUGGAAAAUUCGGACGGUUCUCCCGCGACGAGAACCAGAGCGAAAUUGAACUCAAGCAAGGCCCACGUAUUUCGGAAUCCGUUUUCAGGACGUUGAGAUUUGUAUUUUUCAUAGUCAGACGUGUGUGAAUUGAUCCUUUUUUCAUGUGGGAAUUCUGGUGUAUUUAUCACGAAUAGUUUUCUUUAAUAUACUUUCGUUAUGGUUAUAAA